AUGGCGUCAGGUCGCCGAGUCCGAUUCGGCACCAGGCCUCCGUAUACCAGAGAUCUCGUGGCAUACCCGCAGCAAAACUCGACUCCAGGUCAUCAAAUCGAAAGCCACGGUCUGAAAAAGAAUGCAGCGAGACGCCACUUGGAGCUACCGGGCUCCUUCUCUACCAAUGAGGGCUCCAUAUACAAUGCUGCACCGACAGGUUCCGAGACAGAGGUGGUGCUGGGAGACAAUGGCGAAACAAGAGUGAGCGAUGCGUUGCAGGGUGCCUUUGCUGGAAAUAUUGCUUUGUUUAUCCCUCUACCAUCUCCGCCGGACUCUCCGCACAGUACUUGGUUGAAUCGCCAAUGGGAGGCGACAACUGAAGAAGGGAUUGCGUCGUCUACUGUAUGUCAUUCGCAGAUGAUCUCGCACACAGCAUACACAAACGGAAGGCAAACGCUGUCAACCUGUUCGGUGCUCAAGUUCGAAGACUCGAAAGAUCCCGUCCACCGCAAAGCCGUCUCCCUCAAUGACGCAGAAAACAGUCUGAGGGUACGACAUUGGCCAGGAAACUUGAUUUCACCUGUCAAUCCAAUCCUUCCCAAGUAUCCGCCACCUGUAAGGGCCCCGACCCCCCCUGGGUUGCCGUCGUUUGGCACGCGCGAAGCGGUUUCCUAUGCCGCCCAAUUCACAAUGCCAUCGUCCUCUGUACCUGGACAGCGGCAUUCUCAUCAAUCAGGGAGAAGAGGCUCAUCCCGGUGUGCAAACAACAGUGAAUGGACUUGCUACAGUGACAUUUUUCGAAGGUUUCUUGGUCUGACGCCAUCCCCUGCUUCUGAGCCUGCGGAACGGCGGCCAUUGGCCAUUGGAAGAGCAGAGGACGGUACCGCUGUCCAGGGAAGAUUUCCAUACAGGCAGAGUGGCCACGGUAUGAGCCUGGCAAGACGUCUGGAUGAUCAUCCGUUCCAUCUGGAAAGUCUGUCCCUUUCCCCUUGUGAAGAAGCUGUCUCGGGUACCAGCCAAACCGCCGCGACAACAAGACGAUCGAAUCGAUUGGAGGUCAGUUCGAAAGAUGAACAGCCUAUGCCUACUGGACCCCUGCGCUUGUCAAGACAGUCGCGUGUGCGCCAUGUAUUAUUACAUACGUCUCGAGGCAUGGCAGCACGACAAGCGGUACCUCCCCCAGCUGAGUUAUCGCUUCCGACCAACACAUCUCCAGUCUGUUCUCGGGAUGUUUCUCCCCAGAGCCGCAUAUUGCACUUACAGCCGACACCUCCAAGCCGUGCAAGUGACGUGCGGUCGUUUCUCAAUCUCUUGGACAUCACAGGAGAGACGCCAGGUCGCUAUCCAUCAGCCGUGGAAUCGUCAUUACCUGAUAUCCAGCCACAAACUGUUGCGUCCGAUGAAAGCUUCCGUAUAAAUCAAUCGUUUCAGCUUUGGGACCGGUUCCUCAAGAUCUUUCAGGAUGUCAUCUGUUGCUGGGCCCCGGAAAACGAUGACGACGACGACGACGACAUGGAGACCCCUGAAACGGAUGGGGUGAAUGGUGCCGAUGCCGAAGAAGUAGUUUCCCGCGAGACCUUUGCAACAGCGAGGAGUGCCCUGACGAAUGAGCCCAGUCAUCAAUAA